AUGUCAUUCUAUCUCGAUACUACACCAACCGAAGGUGCAUUACAGCAAUCGUACAUGCUCCAUUCGGAACAGGCUUCAGACUAUGAUAGUCCGCCAUCCACUCAACCAUUGGAACUAGAGGAAGCUGCAAAACAUUCAGUUAGUGUGGAUCACACUGCUGAGCCAGAAACAUGCACUGAGAUGAUCGCAAAUACAAUUGAUUUGUCCACCGCAAAUGAUACGCAAGCAAAGCAUGAUUCCAGUAUAGUUGUGGAUCAAAUCAUGAUACCAGUCGAGCCCGCUUUGAAUAUACCAACUGCUUCCACUCACCCAACAGUUACUGAAGCCAACAAUGAAACAAACAGUGUUUUAUUGGAUGGGCCUGAAUCAAGCAUUGAAGUAGCAGGCGGUGAUGGAUCCGAGUCUGACGCAAGUAAAGUAACGUUUAGCGAUAGUUCAAGUGAUUGUUCUAGUGAGAGUUCUGACGAUAACAAGCAAGUAGUAGAUGGAAAUAAAAAGCGUCGUGCAAACACCAGUCGAGCAUUUAGUGAUGACGAUGAUGACGAUGCAACAACGGGAGUAAUUGCAACAAAAAAUGAGGCAGUGAAUUUACUUCCUGUAGAACCCAUCACUUUUGAGAUUCCAACCCAUCUUCCAAUAGUUGCAAUAGGUGCCAUCUCAGCAAUCGUAGAUACUCUUGUAGUAAUCAAAGCAUCUGUUGGAGGCGAGGUUCAAGUGCUAGAUGCGGACAGUAUUCUUUUUUUUCAAGAUCGGAGUAUCCUCGGUCGAAUUUUUGACACAUUCGGUCCGGUAAACGAACCGUUAUAUACCGUUCGCUUCAACUCUGCAGCCGAUAUUGCUGCAACACAAGCUGCAGUUGGCACCUCUGUCUAUUUUAUCGAGAAUUUGGCAAAAAUAGUGCUCACCCAACCGUUGCGUUUACUAAAAGGAUCGGAUGCUUCAAAUCUAUAUGAUGAAGAGGUCGCUGCAGAUGAGAUUGAAUACUCUGAUGAUGAAAAGGAAAUCGAGCAUCGUCGACUCAAGAAAAAUGCAAAAAAAAGUCGCGGAGAUGCUCAAAAGUCUCAAAGAAAUGCGGAUAAUGCCAGUUCAGAAGAGGAAGGUGCGAUUGCAGAAAGCGACACUUUGCAAUCGCGACAGACCAAUGAGCGAGGAAGGUAUCGAGGUGGCGAUCGUGGGAAUGGUCGUGGCAGAAUGAGAGGUCGUGGCAUGAGCUCUGGUUCAGAGAGAUUCGGCUACAAUGGCGCUGUACAAGUUCGCUCAGAUCGACAAAUUGAUCCUAAUGCAAGUUUUCAAUCUCAACCUGGCUACCAUCCAUCUGGACACGCUUUUAGACCACAUUAUCAAAAUCAACACAAUGGUAAUAGAUUACAACAGGGACCGCAGUUACAUAUGCCACCCAACCAGCUGUUUCGUCCUGCCUUUCCGCCACAUUUUUCACAGAUGCCAUUUAGACCUUUGCAAUCUCCCCAUUUUCCACAAUAUCCUCAAAGACAAGUAUAUUUUAAUCCUCAAUUUAUGCCCAUGAGCUAUUCACCGCCUGCUCCGUUCAUCAAUGGAUCGUAUCCAUCUACUGAAAUGCCUCCAUCUGGGUCAGAUAGCAAGCCUUUCUUACCAUACUAUGGUGCUCAGCAGCUUCAAGAUAUCCUUUAUCAAAAACCGAAUGGCUUUCAAACGGCAGCUAUUCAGACAAACCAACAGCCGGCACAAAACAUUGCACAAGAUUUGCUCAAUAAGCUGUCAUCUUUGCAAAACAACUGCUUUCCACAGGAUGGAUCCAACAAAUAA